UGACAGAUACGAAUGCUUUGACAGGUUCUAGCCUCUUUGUUUCUCUUCAAUUCGAGAAGUCAAACGUGCUUGUUCUCUGAGAGCUAAGGCCUGUUGGCGACUUGCACGUCUUAUAAUUAAAAAUGGCAUCAAAGGCUGAAUUAGCUUGCGUUUACUCCGCUCUCAUCCUCGUUGAUGAUGACGUUGCCGUAACUGGUGAGAAGAUCUCCACCAUCCUGAAGGCGGCCAACGUUGAUGUAGAGCCCUACUGGCCUGGUCUGUUCGCGAAGGCGCUGGAAGGCAUCAACGUGCGCGACCUGAUCACCAACAUCGGAUCCGGCGUGGGAGCUGCCCCGGCUGCCGGCGCUGCGCCCGCCGCUGCCGCCGCAGCACCCGCUGCUGAGGCUAAGGAGGAGAAGAAGAAGGAGGAAGAACCUGAGGAGUCCGACGACGACAUGGGCUUCGGUCUCUUCGACUAAAAAGCUUUGUGUUGGAGCUGGAAUAUUCCAUUUUAAGCUUUAUCAAGCUUAUUUAGUUGUAAGACAAAAAUGACUUUAUAAUAAAGUUUUUUUAAA